AUACACGCACUGAUUUACAAUCUGAAAAGUUCUCGCAAGAAGACUCGGCACUUCCUGUUCAACACGCACGCACACACACGAGUGCAUGAAAAUCUAUGAAAAUACAUGCUGUCAGGCAGGGAUAAGUAAAACCAGCUCUAGAAGGAAUGUUCCAUAAGCCCGCAACAGCUUUUUUUAAUACCAGUUGACAUGAAAUAUAAUGAGUGUCAAUGACAAACACGUGAGGCACGGUUCGACUGGGCCACUAAACGCAACACGGCAGCUUCCCCAAUGAAAGGCACGGACGGGCGAUUGCGUCCCUCGAUGUUUACGUCAUCGGUGCAAGUUCAGUUAGGCCGUCACCUGAGCUGAACUGCACAUUAUGCGUGCUCGAGAAUCCAAAUCAAUCCCAUCCAAAGCUUCCUUGAUUGUGUUGGCCGCUUCAAUCAUUGGAAGGCACGGCGACGUCCGGUGCCAGACAAAAUAGCAAGGCUUUGUCAUUGUUUUUUGUUUUGUUUUGUUUUUUUAAGAUUCCUGAACAGCUCGCCUAAAACAACAGCACGAGCUGCUGUUCAGCACCUCGGAUAGCAACGACACCACCUCAGCCGAGUCGCCAUAAUUAUAAGCGGGAAGCCAAGGUUUCAUCCAUCUGCUUUAGGCCACCCUGACAGCCGCGAGCAGUCCAAUUUCUGUCAGGGUACUCACGAGACACAACAUUAGCCACACCCGCACACCACAAUAAUAUCCUUUAUUUAUUUAUUUUAUUUUUAAAUGUUUUUUUUUAGAGCCCACUAAAUCAAAUAGUGUCUAUCUAUUUCAUUGUUUCUUGCUAAAUGAAUUUGAUGUUUUCAUUUUGGCUUUAAAUCUGUACUGAAAUCCAUCCAAAUUCCUUAUUAACUUAAUUUGGACCCUAGUUGUACAGUGGAUUCACCUAUUUGCCGGGUUUUAUCCCUGCUUAUUCAAGAAUUUAUUAGGUUAAAAUAUAUAAUAAUAAUAAUUCAUUUUCAAUUAUCCGUGGAUUUCUGCUAUUCGUGGUGCAACCCCCCCCCAAAUAGCGGGGGUACACGGUGUAUAAAAAAAUAGUUGCUUACUGCUAUUUUCCAUGAUCUCUCAUUACUCAUAUCUAAAUUCAACUUUAUUUAUAACGACAGCUGAAACAAAGUACUAGUAACAAAUACAAAUCAAACAUACGAUACGAAACAAAUAUAAAGCGUAAAAAAACACACGCAAAAAGUAAGUUAAAAACGAUCAAAACAAAACACUAAAACAGGUGCAGAGACAAAGCCAAAGAAUAAAAGUGUGUUUUAAGAUGCACAGUGUGAGGGCUUGCCUCACGCGCAGAGCGACGCCAUUCCGAAGCGUGGGACCAGCAACGAAAAUAAAAAGCUCUCGCCACUCUGAGCUUCGGCUGGGACUUCGAUACCUCCAGAGGCAGCUGGUCAGCUGACUUGAGGCACUGAGCAUUUGGGCGGAGAAGCUCAGAGAGGUAAGGUGGCGUGAGAUCAUUUAAAGAUGAAAAUAACAAAAUCAAAAGAAUCUGAAAAUGAACUCUCACAGGCAACCAGUGCAGAAUCGGAGUUAUGUGCUCCCUCUUACGUGUUCCAGUUAAGAGGUGAGCGGCAGCAUUUUGAGCCAAAUGGAGACGUUUGCGGUAGGGCUGGCUGACUCCAAAGUGAAGUGCGUUACAAUAAUCCAGUCGAGUUGCGGUAGAGGAUGAGGUUUUGCAGUCUUUGCGGCCCUCGAACGGAAACCAGAACUCCAGUGUUGCCCUCGCAUAAAAUUAGUUUGACAUCCUUGCUUACUGCAGCGCUCUGUGCAUGAAUGCUACAAAUAUUCACAGUUGUCCUUGUAAACUCUUUUUUUUUUUGUAACAGAUCAUUUCAAAACUUUUUUUCGCCAUAAAUGUGACUUGAAAAAAAAAUUGAGAGGGGAAAUAUUUUCUUUUUCUUUUCUGUUCUUUCUUUCGUCUUCUUUUUCGUCUUCUUAGCAAUGUCGUGUUUGCGCCAAACAUUACGUACCCUUUUGUAAUCAUGGCCAAAAAGUUCAAACUUUGCUUCAUCGGAUCAUCCCAAACCCUCUCUAAAUUAUUUAAAAAAUGUUCUAUAUCCACUGUAUAUGUUAGUAUGCUAAGGCCAAUAAUAGUUCGACAUUCCAAAUUGAAUAAAUAAUGCAUGAACGUUAUCAUGACAACAAUGUCGUCAAGUUGGCUUUUCUUGAAUGACUUCCCUUUUUUUUUUUGUAAUGAUAUGCAAUGAAUAUGUAUCAUAUUCUUGUUAUUGUGGUUUUGUAGCGUGGUAAUAUUUUGGACCACGGUCUAAUUUAUUUCCAUGAGACUAUGGCGUCCAAUCUCGCGUGUACCUAAUGAUUUGGCCCUUCGCGUGCCUUUGAGCGUGUCGCGCGCGCGUGGCUGUGCGCGUGCGUGUGCGUGCGCGCGCGCGUGUGUGUGUGUGUGUGUGCGUGUGUGUGUGAGCGAGAAUGAGACAUAUGCGCGCGCGGUUGGCGGGUGUGGACGCGUUUGCGCUGGGACGGUGGGAUCCCGGAUCGUGGAUGCUGGAGCGAGCCGAGCGCGGGUCACCCGUAUGGACAUGACGGCGGAGAACCGGAACCAGAACCCGCGCGUCGUCGUCAACAUCUCGGGUUUGCGCUUCGAGACCCAGCUGCAAACUUUCAACCAGUUCCCCGAGACGCUGCUGGGCGACCCGCGCAAGAGGAUGCGCUACUUCGACCCCCUGCGCAACGAGUACUUCUUCGACCGGAACCGACCCAGCUUCGACGGCAUCCUCCACUACUACCAGUCCGGCGGGCGCAUCCGAAGACCCGUCGACGUGCCCGUGGACAUCUUCUCCGAGGAAAUUCGCUUCUAUCAACUCGGCGAGGACGCCGUGGAGAAAUUCCGAGAGGACGAAGGCUUCAUCGGGGAGGAGGAGCGCGUGGUGCCCAAGAACCACUUCCAGAAGCAAAUCUGGCUGCUCUUCGAGUACCCGGAGAGCUCGGGUCCGGCGCGGGGCAUCGCCAUCGUGUCCGUGCUCGUCAUCCUCAUCUCCAUCGCCAUCUUCUGCACGGAGACGCUGCCGGAGUUCCGGGACGAGCGCGACCCGCGGUGCGCGCAGCUCGCCCCCGAUUCCAACGCCACCGCCGGCGGCCCCUCGUCCGCGGCGAGCCCCUUCGCGGACCCCUUCUUCGUCGUCGAGACCCUGUGCAUCGUCUGGUUCUCCUUCGAGCUCCUGGUGCGCCUCUUCGCGUGCCCCAGCAAGACCUCCUUCUCCAGGAACAUCAUGAACGUCAUCGACGUGGUGGCCAUCGUCCCGUACUUCAUCACGCUGGGCACCGAGCUGGCCGAGACGGAGAGCGGCGGGGGCGGCCAGCAGGCCACGUCCCUCGCCAUCCUGCGGGUCAUCCGCCUGGUGAGGGUCUUCCGCAUCUUCAAGCUGUCGCGCCACUCCAAGGGGCUCCAGAUCCUGGGCCGGACCCUCAAGGCCAGCAUGCGAGAGCUGGGCUUGCUCAUUUUCUUCCUCUUCAUCGGGGUCAUCCUCUUCUCCAGCGCGGUGUACUUCGCCGAAGCCGACGACCCCGCGUCGAGCUUCGCCAGCAUCCCGGACGCCUUCUGGUGGGCGGUGGUCACCAUGACGACGGUGGGCUACGGGGACAUGCACCCGGUGACCGUCGGGGGCAAGAUCGUGGGCUCGCUGUGCGCCAUCGCCGGCGUGCUGACCAUCGCGCUGCCGGUGCCCGUCAUCGUGUCCAACUUCAACUACUUCUACCACCGCGAGACGGACGCCGACGAGCGGCCGCCGGGCGACGCCCCGCUAGCCGCCAGCUGCGACCCCCUGCCCGGCGGGGGGUCGUGCGACGAGCGGCCUCGUCCCAACAGCCGCAACUGCGUGAAUAUCACCGAGAUCUUCACGGACGUCUGAAGUGCAACACUGGGACCAAAGUAGCCACAUUAUUAUUUUUUUUUUUUUUUUUUGGGGGGGGGGGGGGA